ACGGACGACGAAAAAUACGUCAGCGAGAAGACUAAACAGAAAAACAUAUACAUUUAAUUUAGAAUUACCGAGAAAAGCUUGAAUACAACAGUCAAUAUUAAAUACAUAUUUUCAGUUAAUAUUUAUUUGAUCAAGUUGACCACCACCUAGUAGAUUUGCAGUUUGUUUUCAUUCGACCACAUUUACGAACAGCUUUCUCCAUGUCGGGUCCUCUUUAGUUCAAGAUUUUGGGACAGCAGGUUUUCUAGAACGUUUAGUUAUUGCCUGUUUUCGUUGAAAUAAAAAAAUGCCACCAAAAGGAAAGGGUGGCAAGGGAGGUAAAGGGGGAGGUGCAUCUGGAAGUGGCGACACUGAAAAAAAGGAAAAAACACAAAAGGGAGGCACUGCAGUUAAGGUCAGGCACAUCCUGUGUGAAAAGCAUAGCAAAUGUAUGGAAGCCAUGGAGAAAGUGAAGUCUGGUGUAAGGUUCAGUGAGGUCGCCUCGCAGUACAGUGAAGACAAAGCCAGACAAGGAGGUGAUCUUGGCUGGAUGACCAGAGGCUCAAUGGUAGGACCUUUCCAAGAAGCAGCAUUUGCCCUGCCGGUCAGCUCCAUGGACAAACCUGUUUACACAGACCCCCCGGUGAAGACAAAGUUUGGCUACCACAUCAUCAUGGUCGAAGGAAAGAAGUGAAGAACCAACAUUAUUUUAUUAUCAUUUUUUGUACUUUCUAUUGUAAAAUACCAUAAACCAUACGUGGCAGUUAAGAACACUUGAAGGGAUCGAAGAAAAUAGAGUGAAAAAGUGCAAGAGACAGUUUAUUGUGUUUUAAGAUCUCAUUCCUGUUAUGGAUUGUGUAAUAAUGAGCAAAUGUUCAAAGCCCAUUUAAAACAAGACGACUAUAUACAGAUACAGUAUAUAUAGAUAUAACAAGGAUGUGAGACCUGGAUUUAGCUUUGGCUUAAUCUCUUUUGAUUAUAAAUGCAAACUUAUAACAUUGGGUUUACUUGUCUGUGUUUCAAAAAAUGUGAGGCUGCACUUGGUCUGAUUUCAGCUGGCAACGUUGUAAAAUAAACACUUUCUACAGCAAUUAUUGAGACAAGGAACCAAUGUAAUACAAGAAUGCAAUGAUCUGUAAGUAUUGACAACAGCGCUGCAAGAAUAGAGAACAGUGCAACACUGUACUGCAGAGCUCUACUUAUUCAACUUAGGCUGAACAGUAAAUUCAAUUAAACCUUAUGAAGUACACCUA